AUGAAAAAUAGUUUGCAGUUUUUACGAUUUUCUAAUGACAGGAUGGCUGGUAAUAGAAUCAAUACUAAAGCAAAAGGGAAGGAAGACAAGUCAAAAUCAAAUAAAGGUGCUAAUCAAACUAAUGAAGAAACAGAAGACUUAGAUUAUACUCUACUUAGAAAACCUGUGUUAACUAGUGUAACAGGUUUUGCUCAGGCAAGAAAAAUUUUUGAUUUUGCCACUGAAGAACUCAAAAGUCUGCUAUCCACUGAAUAUGAAACAGAAGACCGUAUACCACUUACAAAAGACUUAACAGCUAUAGUGGAAAAGUUUGCAUUAAAUAAAGGCAAUCAUGACAGUUUUAAUGAAGAACAUGAAUUAUAUUUGCAAAAAAUUCCAAAAACUUCUGUUGCCAUGUUCCAAAAUGUGCACUUCAAUAAGGACACACAAUGUGAUAUUCUUUCUCAAGUUAGAGAGCUGGACACGAUACUUUCUCAGAAUAAGGCCGUUUUACAAAGUGACGGUAAAUUUACGAUACAAAACUCUAUUGGAACGAAGAAAUCAAAUGCGGAACACGAGAACGUUAUACAAAUAAGCGAUGACGAUGACAAUGAAAGCAACAACAUACUUAAAUGUAAAAUUUGUGAUCUACAAUUUUCAACACAAAAAACCUUGAAGUUUCAUAUGAAGUACAAACACCUAGAGAGUCGUUUGGUCUAUCCCUGCCCUGACUGCUUGGAGAUAUUUUCUACCUCAUGGAGUGUCUACAGGCAUCUGUUCAAAGUGCAUCGAAAAACAGCCGCCCAAAUAAGAAGACUGAGGGAGUCUAUACAAGCGAAAGCGUUUAGGAUGAACAACCCGCCAGCCUUUUACGAGAAACGUAAAAAUAAUGUCAAAGCGGCCACUCCGGUAAAGAUCACUGAAGAAGAGAGACUGGAUCAAGAGAACCAGGCGUGGAUGGACAACAUGGAGGGGGACGGGGAGAUCCCGCGGUGCGGCGGAUGCGGGCGCACAUUCGAACGGCGCGCCGCCCUCGCCGCGCACACGCACACGUGCCAGCCGCGCUCCAGGGCGCUGGCCCGCCGCGCCGACACCAAGAAGAUCGAGAUACAGAUACGCAAGGACUACAACAAGGGGCCGCCCGCCGUGCCGAUGCCCGUGAAGACGACGGACGCCAACGACAAUAAACUUCAAAAUGAUGAAGUACAACUUACACCGAAAGCUUCGCUUAAAGACUCACCGAAAGAAGACGAAGUAUCCUCUGAAGCCUCAAAUAACAUUAAGGAAGAAAAUAUCGGGAGCGAAAAGAUUAGUACAGAAAAGAAAAUUCCUUAUCAUGUAGAAAAUUUCACACCUAGGCUGCCUUUUGCGCAGCAAGUAGAAAAAAGCAAUCUAGCUGCUUUAAAAAAUAGACUACAACCAGACACAGAUUUAGAUAAACUGCUUUGUAAAAAAUGUGAUAUGAAACACAGUAAAUUACAAGAUUUAUAUGCUCACAUGGCCAACCACUAUAAGUGGAUGCGUACUGUCAAAGCAGUUGAUGCUAAUGAAGCUCUAGAAUUAUGUGAGCCUAUGGAAGAAAUAAGUGAUACGAAUGAGACAAGUCCCGAUUCGAGACGGCCAAGCCGAUGUUCGAGUGACUCUAGCCGACUGUCUGAUGAUAGCUCUUCCAGCAGUACCCGCGUUGAAGUAGGGGCUAAAAGGCGGAAAAUGAAUAAUAGUAGAAAUAUUACUAAAAAAAGAAAAGAACUUGUCACAAAUGAUGAACAUCUAGAUAAAAAAUGUAACGAUGUAACUGUAGACAAACAAAUAUCUGAAAAUGAAUCGCCUUCAAAUGCUAAAAUUUUUGAAGAAAAUUCGUCAGAUAUUGAUGAAGUCGACGAUAAAAUAGCUAAAAAGAAAAUCCCAAAAGAAAACAAAUCAAACGUUUCCCGUAGACCAGUUCGAAAAAGGACUAGACCAAAAAAUGAAGAUUUUGAAUACGACUUAUCAAAUUUAUUGAAGAUGGAAGCUCAAGAACGUGUUGAAAAAGAAGAAGGUGAUAAUAGCAGAAGCAAUGAAUACACAUGUGAAGAAAAUGAUCCCCUUACUAUCAACAAUGAAUCUUGUAAUAUUGCUGAGGGUACCAUGAGCGAAUUUGUGCCUAUUAAUUCAGAAUCUGCAAGCAGUGAAAAAGUGUAUAUAAAUGAAACAGACAGUCCAGUAGUGACGGCAACU